UCGGGACAUUUACCUAACCCAAUAAAUCCCUCUUUGGGGGUCACCGGGAUGCUGGAGCCUAUCCCAGCCAGCGUUACACUCUGCAUGGAUUACCAGUCGAUCACAGGACAAAACACAACACAUUCACAUCUAGGGGAAAUUUAGAGUGACCAACUGACCUACAAUGCAUUAUUUUUUUAAUGCGGGAGGACGCCUCCGCAUGCACAGGGAGAACAUGCAAACUCUGAUUGUUUAAGUCUUGGCACUGUAGGGUACACUGCAGCCUACGUUUGCAAACAAUGCUACAGAAAUGGGGAUAUUUUAUGAUUAUAUAUUUUUUGCAGAUCAGAAAACAAAAUCAACAUUUGAAUUAUUACUUUUGACAACCCAGAGGCUGCACAUGCUUUAAUCAAAACCAACUUUCUAAGCUUUCCAGAAACCAUUACAGAAAAUAAGACCUUAACAAACAAGUCACACUUCACACGUCGCUUCAGUUUUCUCUGUAAAUUCUACAAAAUAAAGAAGUCACCCAAAAGUUCUCAUGUUUGAUUUCUGUGAGUGGCUAAUAAACCAUAAAGUGCACCUCCUGUAUCAUACAAAGGUGAAGUGCGUCAUGUUACAUAUACUUUGUGCUUCCAGUUACCCUUAAAGGGGCGUGAGCUGGUAGAGCAAACAUGAAUCAGCCUCACAAUGUUAAGUAAGGCUUGCCUGCUGUUUGGCAGCCAGGCUGAUGUGAAACUGGACCAAGAAAAGCGUGACUUUGUUGAUCUGAGAUCCUUUUUCUAUUGAGAUUCCCAAUGGAAAAAAGAGCUUCGUCUUUAAGGACCAUGAUCAAGGAGCGGUUCUCCAAGAAGGGAACUCUCGACCCUCGAAAGUGGAUGGAGCAGGAGAAUGUCAGCGAGUUGGAUGACCUCACACCCGCCAAGUCUUCAGACAGCGAGAUGGACAGCGGCUUCAACGACGAGGAGAUGUUGCUGGAGGCAGAGAAGCAGUUUAUAGAAGCAGCCAAGAGAAAUGACGUGGAGUCCAUGAAGGUUCUUGGAAAAGGUCUGAAUGCCAAUGCAAAGAAUGUGCACGACAGAACUGCCCUGCACUUUGCAGCAGCCGGCAGGAAGAGCGAAGCGGUUCAGUAUCUUCUACAGCGGCGGGUUAAGGUGGAUCAGAAGGAUAAGUAUGGCAUGACACCCAUUCAUCUAGCUUCCUGGUUUGGCAGUUUGGAGAUCCUGAAAUUGUUAGUUCAGGCUGGGGCUGAACGAAAAAUAGAGAAUGAGGAAGGACUGAACAUCAUGCACUGUGCUGCCAUCAACAACCACACUGACAUUUUGGAGUAUAUCGUCAAUGACCUGCAGAUGAAAGACCUGGAUAAAGACGAUCAGUCAGGACGUCGUCCUUUCGCGUUAGCGGCAGAGCACGGCUGCGUCGACAUGUUACAGAUACUAAUGGAGCCCUACAACAUGGCCACUAUGAAGCCCAACAAGAGAGGGGACACGCCUCUGCACUUGGCUGCCAGGAACGGCCACUUGGAGGCCGUCCAGCUUCUACUGCAGAGCUUUGAUGAUACUCGGGAUGAAGUCAAUAUGGACGGCGAGACAGCUUUGUACCAGGCAGCACACAACGGCCAGGAACAGUGUGUUCUGGCUCUGCUGGAGGGGGGCUGUGACCCCAACAUCAUCACAGCGGCCAAAUGUAACGCUCUUCACCCCGUCUCUGAAAGAGGAGAUGCCUCUCUAGUUCAGCUCCUCUUGCAGUACAACACAAAUGCUGAUGUUCAAAAUCAGCACCUGGAGGCUCCGCUUCACCUGGCGGUGAGGAACAGUCGCAUUCCUGUGAUCCAUUCUCUCCUUGCAGCCGGAUGCAACAUCAACCUCGCUGAUAAGAGGUCGCAGACCGCCAUGCAUUUUGCUGCCGAACUUGCCCAAAUUGAACUUGUGGAGAUGCUUCUUAAAGCGAGAGUUGAUCUGGCGCUCCAGGACAAACAGGGUAAGACAGCUCUGGGUGUUGCAGCCAGAGCAAACGAAGUGAUUAUUGUGGACAUGAUUAUCAAAGCGGAGAGAUACUACACCUGGAGAAAGGCCCAUCCGGAACCUAAUGAAAGUGUUCACAGCGUGUAUCCGCUAACAUUUAAACUUGACCACCGCUAUGAGACCAGGCAUCUCCGCUCAAUGGCCUGGCGCCUUGCCUAUCAGCUCCUGAAAGCAGGAGACUGGAAGAGACUGGCGGAACACUGGAACUUCACCAAGGAGCAAGUGUCUGCUAUUGAGGAGCAGUGGACAGGUCAGCACAGCUAUAAGGAGCAUGGCCACAGGAUGCUGCUGAUCUGGUUCCACGGGGAGGAGCUGGCUCAGAGGAAUCCGGCUAAAGAACUGUACCAGGACCUGAUCACCACUGGGAACAGGAAAGCUGCAGAUAAGAUUCGAGAGGAGGUGGAACACAGAGGCAGCAAAAGCUGCAGCGUCUCAUGAGAAAUUGAAUGGAAAUGUUGGACUUUUAUAAUAACUGAAGAACACACAGUCUGAAGCAAAAACUGUUUAUUUUAAAAUACUGUCAAAUUUGUUAUAACAUGGCUUUUGUUUAGUUAAGGUAAAAAGAAAUCUUUGAGGGGGCGAUAGCUGCCACACGAGAGAUUAAAAUACCUUCAUCUUUGCAUAAUUACUGGUAAAAUUAUCCCAGAAAAAUAUUUACAUUUUAUUGUUUAAAUAGUAUCUAGAGGUAGCAUCUAGGCAAUAAAAAAAAUAACAAAUAUCAAAGUCCUUCACAUAAAAAAAAUAUUAGAGGGAAAAUAUGUGGCAAAAUUUAGAUUAAAUUAAUUUAACACAUUUUUUUUGCAUAGAAAGCUGAAAUCUUAAAUUGAGUCUAUUUGAGAUUGUGAUCAUUCAACUACUUUGAUGGAGUGGACGUGGCACGUUUGUGUUCGGGACGACCCUCUGCCGGUAGUGGGGGCGUGGCUCUGCUGAGACGAGCGCGGAAACUUAGCAGCUGUAGCUUGUCCAAUAGUGAGCUGAAGAAAAAAAAAACAAGGGAAACUUUUUUGAGCUUCAAUGAACUGAAUUGUCAAAUUAUGAAACAGAGUCUAGUAGUAACCUGUGAAAUGGGAUGGUGACGUUCAAUUAUGACGGAGCUCAUCGGUGGAGCGACUCCCAUCACCUGUAGGUUGGCCCGUGGCGUCUUACCAACAUCUGCCCGCGCACUGAUCCGAGCCGUGACCGUCUUUACAGGCUUUUGCUGACUCGAUGUGACAAUACGACCACUAACCUGCCACAAAAACAUUCAAUGUAUACAGUAAAUGCAAUUCUAGAUUUUUUUUCUAUGUCCUCUCUGGAGGGGCUGUUUAUGAUUAAAACAAGACUUGUGGUUCAGCUUCAAUUAUUUGGGACAAAAAUUAUUUUUUUUCCCAAAAAAAAAAACAAAAAAAGUAACAUACUUUUGACAGUAAAGUUGGCAUGCGUGCUUGUAUUGCAAAAUGUAAAUUCACAUCAGCAAAGCAAACCUGUUUAUGAGAGCUGGAAACGCCCCCAUGCGGGACUGAGCUGUGCACAACAGUGGUGGGAGGGAGCACUUCUUCCUGGGACAUAGGAGCUCUAGAACCCAACUAAGGAAAAAGGGAACAUAGGAAAUAUAAAAAAAAUAAUAAAAAUAAAUUCCCUUGUUUGAAUCAUAUUUUAAACGCUAAAAACACUUGUUUUUGUGGCAACUCUCCUAAAAAAAAAAAAUGGUUAUAAAAACUAAAAUGCAAAGUCAAACUACAUUUACUCAGCAUACAGACAAUGUUAAGUAAGAUAUUUUAUGUACGUUUUUAAGAUAAAAUAAAUAACAUGAUGACAAAAGUGUGUAAUAAAUGUUUUCAUGAAA